GGGGUCCUGCCUGGGCUGGGACCUUGGGGGCAGCAGGAGAGGGGAUGAGCAAGCUCUGGGAGCAGCUAGGGGCAGCCAGCAGCCACGUGGAGAUCUAGCUCCACUUCCCAGAGGACACAUGGGGGGCCGGGAGGGCUGGGCUGCUGAUCAUGCCCUCUGAGGUUGCCCCAAGGCCUCGGGGGCAGCUGUGUCUCCUUUCAGACAGCAACUUCAUCCUGGCGAAUGCACAGGGCCGCUGUGGCUUCCCCAUCGUCUACUGCUCCGAUGGCUUCUGCGACCUCACCGGCUUUGCCCGCACCGAGGUCAUGCAGAAGAACUGCAGCUGCCGCUUCCUCUGCGGGGCUGAGACCAGCGAGCCCAUCCUGCAGAGCAUCGAGAAGGCGCUGGACAGCAGGCAGGAGUACCAGACUGAGGUCUGCUUCUACAAGAAGGGUGGAGCUGCCUUCUGGUGCCUGCUGGACAUCAUGCCCAUCAAGAACGAAAAGGGGGAGGUGGUGCUCUUCCUCUUCUCCUUCAAGGACAUCACAGAGAGCCGAGGCAGGAGCUACCCUGGGGACAAGAAGGAGGAGAAGCAAAGGAGUGAGAAACAGAGGAGCAAGAAGCCUGGGAACUCACACCUAAGGGCUGCACGGAGGCAGGGCAGGACUAUGCUGCACCAGCUCAGCAGCCAGUUUGUCCGGAGAGACCGUGGCGAGAUGAAAAUCAACCGUAACGUGUUUGAGAACAAGCCGUCCAUCCCCGAGUACAAGGUGGCCUCGGUACAGAAGUCCCGCUUCAUCCUGCUCCACUACAGCAUCUUCAAGGCACUCUGGGACUGGUUGAUCCUGCUGGCCACCUUCUACGUGGCUAUCACUGUCCCCUACAACGUCUGCUUCACGGGCACAGAGGACAGUCUCUCAGCUGCCCGCAGCACCAUUGUCAGCGACAUCGCCGUAGAGAUGCUCUUCAUCCUCGAUAUCAUCCUGAACUUCCGGACAACAUACGUGAGCCAGUCGGGCCAGGUUGUGUACGACCCUCGCUCCAUCUGCAUCCAUUACGUGGCCACCUGGUUCUUUGUGGAUCUGAUCGCUGCUCUGCCCUUCGAUCUGCUCUACAUCUUCAAUGUGACCGUGACCUCGCUGGUUCACCUGUUGAAGACGGUGCGGCUGCUGCGGCUGCUGCGGCUGCUGCAGAAGCUGGACCGGUACUCGCAGUACAGCGCCAUGGUGCUCACGCUGCUCAUGUCCAUGUUUGCGCUGCUGGCGCACUGGAUGGCCUGCAUCUGGUAUGUCAUCGGCCGCAAGGAGCUGGAGAGCAACGACCCCCGCACCUGGGACAUCGGCUGGCUGCACGAGCUGGGCAAGAGGCUGGAGGCUCCCUACAUCAACAAUUCGGUGGGGGGCCCCUCCAUCCGCAGCGCCUACAUCGCCUCCCUCUACUUCACCCUCAGCAGCCUGACCAGCGUGGGCUUCGGCAACGUCUGCGCCAACACCGACACCGAGAAGAUCUUCUCCAUCUGCACCAUGCUCAUUGGGGCGCUGAUGCACGCCGUUGUCUUUGGCAAUGUCACGGCCAUCAUCCAGCGCAUGUACUCACGCCGCUCGCUCUACCACACGCGCAUGAAGGACCUCAAGGACUUCAUCCGCGUCCAUCACCUGCCCCAGCAGCUCAAGCAGAGGAUGCUGGAGUACUUCCAGACCACCUGGUCGGUGAACAACGGCAUUGAUGCUAACGAGCUCCUACACGACUUCCCCGACGAGCUGCGUGCGGAUGUGGCCAUGCACCUCAACAAGGACAUCCUGCAGCUGCCCAUCUUUGAGACCGCCAGCCGGGGCUGCCUCCGCUCCCUCUCGCUCCACAUCAAGACCUCAUUCUGUGCCCCGGGGGAGUAUCUGCUGCGCCAGGGCGACGCGUUGCAGGCCAACUACUUUGUCUGCUCCGGCUCCCUCGAGGUGCUGAAGGACAACGUGGUCCUGGCCAUCCUGGGCAAAGGGGAUUUGAUUGGAGCCGACCUGUGCAGCACGGACCAGGUGAUCAAGACCAAUGCGGACGUGAAGGCGCUGACCUACUGUGACCUUCAGCACAUCGGGCUGCGGGGGCUCUGUGAAGUGCUACAGCUCUAUCCUGAGUACGCCAGCAAGUUCACAGCUGACAUCCACCAGGACCUGACCUUCAACCUGCGGGAGGGCAGCGAGAUGGAGGUGGGUGCGUGUCCUCCUUCUCAGGCUCCUUCCUGUCCUCAUGGCCUGGGGCUGAGCGUGGCCAUGGAAGGGGAGUCUGAGUGCUCCCUGCUCGCAGUCCCCAGGCUCCAAGGCUGGGGUGGGGGCUGCAGCUCUGCCACCCCGGCAUGCAGGUAUGUCCUGUCCUGCUUCUGCCAACCCGGGGAACUGGCAGAAAGAGCAUUUGCGAUGCAGGAAGUUGAGGUCCCCCCUGGAGUGCAGCACACAGCUGGGGGCUGUGGGUUUAGUCAUGCUGAUGGCUCCAGCAUCCGGGGGGAUGUUCUGCUGCAGAAAUGGCUCUGCUGCACUUUUCCUCCUCUGGCUCUGCUGAGAGAGGUUUGGAUCUCCUCUGGAGCAUCUCCAUGGUACCCAAUUCCCCCCUGAGCCUGGUGGAUGUGGUGUGGGAGGUCAGUCUCUAGGCCCCAAACAGCCCUACCAAGACCCACCGUGUCCAUAACACAGGAGGGAUAUAAACAAACCAAGAGUGGAGAAUGCCAGGAGUGUGCAGCAGGUUCUGUGCCUGCAUCACCCUCCCCAGCUGGCUGCAUGCUCCAGACAGAGCUGGUGCUCUGAUGGCUGAGUCAGGGCUGGGAUUUGGGGUGCAGCCUUGCCUCUGUCUCAGGACACCCAGGCCGAGGUUGGGCAGCUCACCAUUGACAUGGCAGCAGCAGAGGAAGGAGAGUGAGUGAGGGGGUGUGGAUGCUGGUGCUGAGGCUGAUGUGUGGGGAUGGGGUAGGCUUGGUUUUCCAGGGGGGCACUGAGAGGCUGGGGGGGCUGUGGUCUCUGUGGAGCUGUGCAGGGGCUCCCUCCCGCUGCUGAGCCGGUACCGUCUG